UAGCACCUCCUGUUGCAGAAUUGUAGUGAGUCACUGCCCUUGUUGGGGCUUUUCUUGCUAGUAGGCGGGGUCAGGAUGCGGUCCGUCAAGCAGAUUCUCCGCCUGCAGCAGGAUGCCGGCGCGCUGGCUUCUCGCGCGUUCGGCACCGCCGCUAAGGAUGUCGUUGCUGCCGACGGCAACCCUUUCCUGCGGUUCAGCAACCCUAAGCCCAGCCCUAUCGACCAUACGCCUCUGCUGAGCACGCUUCCGGAGACCCGGAUAACCACUCUGCCCAACGGGCUGCGCGUGGCUACCGAGUCCAUUCCGUUCGCGGAGACCACCACCCUGGGCGUUUGGAUCAACUCCGGCAGCCGCUUUGAGUCGGACGCCAACAAUGGCGUCGCGCACUUCUUGGAGCACAUCCUCUUCAAGGGCACCAAGAACCGCACCGUCAAGGAGCUCGAGGUGGAGGUGGAGAACAUGGGCGGCCAGCUGAACGCUUACACCGGCCGUGAGCAGACCUGCUACUAUGCUAAGGUCAUGGGCAAGGAUACGGGCAAGGCUGUGAACAUCCUGUCCGACAUCCUCCUGAACUCCAACCUGGAUGCCCGCGCCAUCGACCGUGAGCGGGACGUUAUCCUGCGCGAGAUGGAGGAGGUCAACAAGCAGACCUCGGAGCUGGUGUUCGACCACCUGCACGCCACCGCGUUCCAGUACAGCCCCCUGGGCCGCACCAUCCUGGGCCCCGUGGAGAACAUCAAGUCCAUCAACCGCGACCAGCUGGUGGAGUACAUGCGGACCCACUACCGUGGCCCCCGCAUGGUCCUCGCCGCUGCCGGUGCCGUCGACCACGACGAGCUGGUGAAGCUGGCCACCGACGCCUUCGGUGCCAUCCCCGAUGAGGACGCCGCCACCUCCGUGCGCUCGCUGCUCACCAAGGAGCCCUCGAAGUUCACUGGCUCGUACGUGCACGACCGCUUCCCCGACUCGUCGGAGUGCUGCAUGGCCGUGGCGUUCAAGGGUGCCUCGUGGACGGACCCCGACUCCAUCCCCCUGAUGGUCAUGCAGACCAUGCUGGGCGGCUGGGACAAGAACUCCACCGUUGGCAAGCACAGCAGCAGCAUGCUGACCCAGACCGUGGCAUCUGAGGGCCUGGCGGAUGCCUUCAUGGCCUUCAACACCAACUACCACGACAGCGGCCUGUUCGGUGUGUACGGUGUGACCGACCGUGACCGGUGCGAGGACUUCGCGUACGCCGUCAUGUCGUCCCUGACCAAGAUGUGCUUCGACGUGCGGGAGGCCGAUGUGGCCCGCGCCAAGAACCAGCUGAAGGCCAGCCUGAUGUUCUUCCAGGACUCCACGCACCACGUUGCUGAGUCCAUUGGCCGCGAGCUGCUGGUGUACGGCCGCCGCAUCCCCAAGGCGGAGAUGUUCGCCCGCAUUGACGCCGUGGAUGCCAACACCAUCCGCGCCGUUGCGGACCGCUUCAUCUACGACCAGGACAUGGCCGUGGCCUCCGCCGGCGAUGUGCAGUUCAUGCCCGACUACAACUGGUUCCGCCGGCGGUCGUACUGGCUGCGCUACUAAGCGCGCCAGGAGUCAGCGGAGGGCACAGUAUGGAUCAAGGUGCAAGGUUUUGUCGUCGUCAACUGGGUUGCGGAAGAGAAGGGUGGUGGUGGUGGCCGGCUUCGUAGUGUGUCGUGGUGCUCUGGUGAGCCCUGGAAGGCAUGGACACUUUGACGGACGCCUCACAAAAGGUGUCGUAGUUGCUAGCGCAAUGGCAACCCGUGCUGUUAGGGAGGGGUACUGAGUGCCGCCUAAUAUAACGGUUUAUAGGCAUGAGAUACAAGAUCAUGUCGCUCGAGCUUAACAACCUUGUGGGUAAAUCUUUCGGCGGAUUCCCCUUUGGUUUGUUGCCAAACUUCGGCUGCAUGACCAGAUCAGCGCUGGUCGCGUUGGGAGAGGGGUAUAUAUCUUUGGGUGUACGAGUGCUCACACAGCGUGUGUGCUUUUGUAAACGGGCAAAAGGCCGGCUGUCCA